AUGAAAAAAACUACAAAGAGAGAAAUUAUAAGAAAUAGUGAAAAUAUACAAAAAACCCAUAUAAAUUAUACUCAAAAACAAGAAGAAUUAACUACAGUAGAACAUAUUGCAUGUUGUAUAAAAAAUAUGUUAAAAUUAUAUAGCAUGAAGUCUAUUUUACUGUUUAAAGAAGUUAAAGAUAAUAACACCAUACAGAAAAAGCAAUUAUUUUACCAUAAAAGAAAUUUAUGUAAAGUAAAAGCAAUAGGUGUGCUGGGCAUUAUGCUUUGUUAUAUGCUGUUUGGUGUAAAAGCAGACCUAGGAUUUUCUAAACUGAAAGAAUUGCAGGAGACACGUAUAAAGGUAGAUGGAGGCACUAAUUUAAUUAUAAAUCCAUGCGGCAGUCUUAAUUUACUUCGAGGAAAUAUUUAUAGAAAAAGCUUUUUGAUAUCGAACAAGAGGCUGUUUGACCCAUACCUAUCUAUAAACCACAAGUUAAAACAAAUAGGAGAUAAUAACAACAUUAGGUAUUUAUACGAAAGAAUAGAAGAAAAUGAUAUAGAAUAUACAAUAAAAGAAAAUGGAAUGGUAUGGGGAGGACCGUUUUUAUGUGAUAUGGAAAAGAAUAUAUUUAGAAAAUACAUAAGCCAAUACCACAACAAGUUUCUUAAAAUGUUUUCAAUCAUUGGCUCUGAUGUAGAUGUAGAAACAGACAGAAUGGGUUCAAUGGGACACUUCCUUUGCUCUGAGCAGGCCAAACACGAGAAAGAGAAGAUUUUAGCAUCACUAUUGCUGCUAUCAGAAGGAAUAAACCUGCCUAUAAAAAUAGAAAAGAGCAUAAACAACUAUUAUAUUACUUUGCCAAAGAAAAAUGGGGGCUCUGUGAUUUUCCAGGUUGCUGUUCCCAUAGAAAACAUGAAUACAAAAGAUUCAGAAGAAAAUUUACAGCCAGAGACAAUAGAAAUUAUUAAGUUUUUUAUUCAGUAUAGAAAUUUUUCGUUUUUAAAAGAAGAUAGAUUUCUAGCCGAACCAACUACUUUAGAAAGCUUUGAGUCUGGAAAUUUUCUUAACAGUCCAUGGUUUUUAAUUCAGGCCUAUAUUUCUGGGUUAAUUGAUGAUAUGAAUAGUGCAAAUGCAUUGGUUCUGGCUGUGUAUGAUAUUAUAUCUGAGUAUAUUCAAACAUCCCCAGAGGAUGAUGAAUCUUAUGAGUAUAAGGCUCAUAAAAUGAAUGUAUUUAAUAGACUCUUCUCGCCAGAAAAGAAUCUAAAUAGUUCUAUGAAGUAUAUUAAUACAGUUGAAGCAAUUAAUAAGAAAGUAGAAAGCACAAUGGUUAUUCCAUUAUAUCGCAGUUCUAAUGCAACACUGUACGGGUUUGACCCACUUUGUAGAAAAAAAAUGAUUGGAUUGUGUUAUGCCAAGGAGGAAGAUUAUGAGAAUGAAACAAAGCAGGCCAUUUUAGGACUAUUAUGUUGCUUAUUAUACGAUCCAGAUGAACAGGAAUACACAACAGAGCAUUUAGAGAACUGCAGUGAAGAGCUAAGAGAGUUUUUUAAGAAAUACAAUAAACCAAGUGAAAAAAUAAGCAGUGAAGCAUGCCAGGCGUGGAAUAACAUAAUUUCAGACAGGCUAGAAAAUAGAAACAAGGUAAAGUAUGAAAAUCAUCUAGCGAUAAGAGGGAGUAUAACCAUUUUAUAUCUGAUAAAAGAACUUACUAACACAAGCCCAGAAAGUUGGGAGAAUGAAUUUUUCCUUUUAUACGACAGAAACUCGCACGAUGUGAAGUUUGAUGAGAAAUUUAGUAAAGAUUUGGAUGAGUAUGUAACUAGAAGCUUUAUGAAGGUAUCUCGAAAUAAGAACCUUUCAAUUUUUGUAGGGUUUAAGACAGAUGAAAUACCAGAGAACAAAAUUAAACACACGUACAUCGACAUUGAUUUGAGGUAUGAGGCGAAUAAUAGAAAGCAGUUGGUGUAUUUAACAAACAAUGGAAAGUAUGCAGAAAUAUUCGCAGGAUCUCCGCAUAUAUUAGAUCCAUCUAAAAUAGACACAAAUAGAUACUUUGAAAAAUUAAAAGACAGGCAUGUAGAAGACACUGAGUUCAUCUCAUUUUUAAUAUCAAAUUACAUUAAUCAAAUCAUUCAAAAUUCAUUUGAAAUGGACGAUAUGGUAAAAUCUCUAAUUAUUAAAAACAAGUCGAUAAUAGCAUCUAAGUAUAAUAACAUAAAUACUCUGCUAAUAUCUGGGUGUAUUCAAAGCAUCAACUAUGCAUGCUUUUUGAUAAGCAUUUGUCUGCUAAGCUUACAAGAGGAAAAUGUUUCUGAAGACCAUCCAAUGAUUCGACUAACUUCAAAUAUACUUGGAACAAAAUCAUUACAGGAGACCCAAAUUCAAGCAAUUUUAUUCCCACCAAUUUUCUACACAGGUCUUUACAAAACCAACUAUCCAAAUAUAAUGGUGGGAAUCGAUACCUGGAGGCUAAUGUCUACAAAUAGUGACUCAUUCUACUUUUUCAUAUGCGUAUCCAGUGCCAGGAAGCCAGAUAUUAUGGAAAAGGCAUUAAAUAUGUAUAUAUAUCUGGAUAAAAGCAAUUCAUUUAGUAUAAAAAGCCCUUUCUACGACAAAAGAGUCAAUUUAGAAAUAUUUAGGUGCCUAUUCCAGAAUGGCGAAACAAAAUACGCAAAAAAAGUAAUACAUACCUUGCAAAGGAAGUACGACGCAGAGAAUAAGUUUUCCAUAUCAAACACCAUUGUUUUUAUAUGGUUUAUAUAUUCUUGCUAUCAAAAAACACCAUUUAAAUAUGACAAAGUUAUUAUUGAACUGUUUUUACUAUUGAAAAGCCCGAUGGUUUCACAAAUAUUCUUCUAUAUUAAAGAAAUUUCCAACAAAUAUCCUGAAGUAUUAGAUGUGCUGAACGGUCUUAAAGAAGAAAUGAAAACAAACGAGAGAAGAAAUAUGGUUUCAAGUAUUAUAGCAUUAUUUGAUGAUCUUGAUUCUUUACUUACAGAGUAUAAAGGACCUUUUAAAAACGAAAAUUCUUUUGUGAGUUCAUUGGAUAGUUAA